CCAUGUCAGUAUGAAUGGAAAUAUGUGUGCAUUGUGAGGUCCGAGGCAGCUCGCUAAAGUAGCACGAAUAAUUUGUUUCCCAGUUUUUGUAUUUCGGUCGGUUUAGCGUAAUUUUUUUUGGAACAAGCAGUACCAUCUUAGUGAAAUGCUCAGUUUCAGUUGAAAACGAUAAAUUCACGAUUGUUUACUUGCGUUUCUAGGAAAAUUCCAACAUUCUGUGUAGACGAUUGACAGUUAUGAAGUAAAAUUGCUGUAAUCUGUGAAAAGUGAGCAACUUCAUAUGUGUGCGGUGCUUUGCAUUCACGGGAAGGAAUGUGUUAUGAUAUGGAGAGCAAUCGUGACAGUUCAGUCUUGAUGAUAUAAGAAAUCUGUUGUGCCUGUCAGGGAAAGAAAUUAAACUCACCUAUAGAUAAUAAUUGUAUUGGAAGAGAAGAACUCGAAGUGAACAACUGUCAUCCGAAAACUAGUGUUACACAAAUCAAUUGACAGUGGAAGAUGCUGAAUGGUAAAUGAAAUUGGCAUUAGCUGCUUGUAUUACUGAGCAACAAUAUCGUAGGAAGACGAAAGAUGAAUAAUAAUUAAAUGAUAAAAAUGGUGGCUCAGAAAAAAAUAUACUACCGGAGCGAAGCAAAAGAAGUAUUUAUAUAUUGAGAAGAAAUAUUACCCUCAAACAGACGUUCGGUCCCACACACUUUUUUUAUUUGUGUAAGAGGCAUCUAUUUCUUUUGGUAAUGUAAACAAGUAAAUGUUGAGACAUAUAUCCAACGAGAUCACUAUAAGGUGUUGUGGAGAGAUUUACAAAACAGUGGAUGAGUAGCACAUCUUAAUACUAGUGAAGUUACGCUACAAAUUUAAUUGAAAUUGCCUUACUGGCCGAGCUAUGAUUGUACAGAACAUAGGUACGAAAAAUAGAACGAAGCUUACAUCUGAGUGCAACAACUUAGGAAUGGAAUCGGCACGUCCACAUGAUUAUAUCUGCAGAGGCUGAGUUCCAUGCUUGCGUGUAAACACGCGUGAGAUUAAUGGUAGAGCUGAACUAGACUGAGUGUAGUGCAACAGUUGCAAGUAAAAACAAAAAACAACGAUGGAUUUUGAUUGAACAUUGCGGAAAAGAAUACUUAAACGAAUGUAAUUCAGUACUAUUAAAAGUUAACAUUGGUGCAUCAAGCUCGGAGUCGAAGAUGAAAGCUAAUAAAAGUGAAACUCGUGUAAUUAAAGUUAAGUACAUAAGUAACACGGUGUAAUGAAUAAAAGCGUUAAAUUUCUGCUAUAUGUGUCAAUUGAGCAUCGUUGAAUGAACAUUCAGAAAGGUUUCCAUGUCAAAGUAGUGAUUAAAAAACACAAUUUCAGUAGAAAUGGUCGUUUAUAAAAAUACCUGAAAUGUAGUACCAUGAUGUUCCGAAUACUUGAGAACGAUGCUGCGGGCAAGUUUGAUUGUAGACGAAAUGUUGAAUAAUGAAUGCAAAAUUGGCACAAAAUACUACGACGAUGAAACGGUUCAACGGUAGUGCAGGAUUGAAAACUGUUCAGUACAAAUUUGAACAUGACACGGUGAAUUGAUUCGGAAAACGGCAGAUAAAAAAAAAAACUAAAGGAGCAUCACAGAAAAAAAAAAAACCAAAUUCGUGUCAAUCUCAAAAUGUUGGCCAAGUGAGGUCCACUCUGUUCGUGUGCAAGUGAUGUAAUAAUGUGUGAGGGUGGAGAAUAACGUAGAAGAAGAGAAAGAAGAACGUGCCGGAUUUAGUGUUUUCAAUCGGCGUAUUAUAUGCCGGGAAGAAAAAGUGUAUGAAUAAGAUAAAAAAAAAACACCAGGAAGAAUUAACGUUAAUACAAAAACGACAUUUGAAGAAGAAACAAAUCGAAUAGGAUUGAAUCAAUCAAUGAAAACAGUACGAUGCGCAUGGAUGAAACGAGCGACGUCAUGAUCCAUUUUGCAAGAAACAACUACUUUUGCACCAUGUUUGAGGCGACAUUUGAUAAAAUGUUUCAACACACGAACAGCACAGUAACCGCACCGACUAGCACAUUUUUCAAGUUCCUAGCUAGAUUUUCAGGAAGGAGACGAAUAAGCUAUCGGUUACGAAGGUUAUCUAGCUUAUUAUUUCCCUACGUUGCAAUUUUUCUAAUCUUAAGUACAGUAUGCCGAGUAACAGACGCUUGUUCAAGUCGGACGACCCCAAAACCUAGACCACCUAGUCCGACAGCUCGACCAAAUAUCACAUUCCACACGUAUAAAUGUCCACCGGCUUACGCGGCGUGGUACUGCCUCAAUGAAGCCACCUGCUUUACCGUUAAGAUUGGUGAUUCGCUGCUGUACAAUUGCGAGUGUGCAGAUGGGUAUAUGGGUCCUAGGUGUGAAUACAAAGAUCUAGAUGGAUCAUACUUACCAACUCGGCCUCGAGUGAUGUUGGAGACUGCUAGUAUAGCAAGUGGUGCCAUUGUCGCUGUGGUCCUAGCAACGAUUGUUUGUUGUUACAUAUGCGUGCAUAAGCAUCAGCAGAAGAAAAGACUGGAAAGCGCCAACGGAGGUGUUGACACGGUGGAUGGCGUGCUUCGAACAGUGAGAAGUGACUUACCUAAACGGCCAUUUGGUUCCCAUCACCUGCGGACGAUACCUCUGAGUGAAUCGUUAAAUCGAUAGAUUAAUGAAGACUCUUUCCUCAGUUGAGAAAUGUUGGCCAUCAGGAGAUACAAGAUUGAAAAGACAAAUUGCCUUCAUAGAAAGCAGGACACUCUAGGAACCUCCAAUUAAUUGUCAGGUUAACUCCAAAAUGGCACCAACCUGACACGGACGGUGUUCCAUUACAACACAAAACUGCCAUGAUCCUAACAACAUUUUACAAACUACUUGAACGUCACAAAACGCAAUUUCGAGAUGGAUGCCUGCUGUGGGUGGAGUGAUGCGGCAAAGUGUAGUUUUUUUUAUAGACACAACAGUUACUUUUUAUACAUGUGCGAUGUACUGCUGAUAUUAACAACAGGUGCCUAUAGGAAUAGAUCAUUUGUGAUUCGAAGAACGGAAUAAUCAAAAAAGUACUGUCAGUUGAUAGUUUACACAGUUUACAAAUGUCUGGAAGUUUUAAAUGGAAUAACGCGUUGUAGCAGUAAAAAAGAGUGCCGCUCAACAAAAUGAUUUCUCAAUCAUCGAAUUGAACAUAAAUCUAACAAACGACAAAAUCAGUCUACCGUCCUCAUCUACUUAAUUUUUGGCCAAAAUCAGAAAACCAUUUCGUGAUAAUUUAAAUUGUAAUUAUUGAAAUAGUAGAUUGAAAUUUGUAUCUUUUAAACACGCCACAUUUAUUUUUUUAUUUUUAUGAGUAGUUGAGACGGAUGGAUUGUGUUUUAGCUAGGCUUGGUAAUCUAUUUCUCGAAUGGGAAGAAGGAAGAAAUCAAUGAUCUUGCCAAUUAAGAGGAUGCAAAAAAUUUUAAACAUUUCUGUAACGUGCCAUCUUCUCAUUUCGAAGUGUUUCACUCGUUCCACUUGUUUCUGCUUCCUCCUGACUCGGUGCUCAGGAGCUCAAACAUGCAACCAUAUAAAAUGUAUUAACAGCUAAGACAACUUAGUAUGCAUUUAUAAAAGCAAAUACACUAGCAAAGAUCAUUCUCAAAUAUAUGCAAAGAAAAUAUCUCUGAAAAGGUAAGCAAUUUUAUUUUUAUAAAAAGCCAGACUAUCACAGAGUCAUAGCAAUGGAAUAGUUUAUAAACAAAUGCCAAAACAGGUUAUAUUGCAUUAACCCUGUGCUACUUUGCCUAUUGGGACAACCUUCCUACGUUAAUUUCAGUUAGUUAUUAUUGAGUUAAUUAUUUAAAUAUUUAUUCUAGUUACUUUAUCUCAUUUGCUUGUUAUAAGUAUUUCAGUUGCAUGAUCAUCUGGAGCAAAAUCGAGAAUGUAUUUUCAUUAUAGGAAAACAAAGUGAAACAAAAAUGUGAUAGUCUGACCGUAGCAAACGAAAAUGAUACUGCAUCGGUUGAUUUCCGUAACCUAUUUCAAAUUCAGAUGAAAAUGAUGAAACUACAGACUACAAACGAUGAAAAACACUACCUGUACAUUUUAUACUGCAAUAAUCAACAAAUAACUGAACGUAAAGUAGUGGAGGACGAGAGAAGUAGAGCAAGGGAAGCAAACACAGAUAAAUCACCAGAAGUAAUUAAUUUAUAUACAUCUUCAUAAACUAUCGAAAGUGCGGUCAAAAGCAAAAACAAGUAUUCACAAAACCAUUGUAAAUACGUUUUCGGAAACAGGAUACAAAGAAAGACAGAAACAUCGUCUUUGUAUUUAUCGUUUCUUCUUAAAUUAGGCUGAUAUUUUAAUGUUAGGUAGAUAGAUACUUUUAUUUAAUUGCUUAUUUCCGAUAAGUUCUGGUUCCAAUGAGUCGAAAGGGGCUUCGAAUGAUUGUGAAGCGUGAGAGCGAGCGUGAUGUAUUGAGCGUACAACAUUUGAUGCGAAUUCCACGUUGCCCGGUGUCUCGUACUGACAGUAUUCUCGAGGAUAGUCCUGAUCUGUGUAGCUAAUUUAUAUGUACAUUUACUUCUGUUACGAUUGUUUUAUCCAAGUCCGUUUGUAUUAAGCUACAUUCCUUCUAUAAAUCAAUAGGGUUCUCCCGUUUGUCAGACACCGGUGAUACUGAAGGCAAUGCAAUAUUUCGUACCAAACCAAUUGGAUUUGUAAUAUAUUGAUUUGUAUAGAAGAAAAUACAAUUUUGUAUAUUUUGAGCUUUAAAUAAAAUUAAUCAACAUGUUUUGUUGGUCAUUAAUUAUUAA